AUGUUCGAUAUCUGUUUACGCACGUACAGCAGCCACGUCAAUCGCAAGUUCAGCAUGCAGUGCGCCUUCCUGGAGCAGCAAUGGAACAAGCAGUCGAUUGUGGCCUGUGGAUCGGAGGACAACCGUAUUUUGAUGUGGAAUGUAGGCUCACAGGAUGUAACUUCUGUCUUGACCGGCCACGACCAUCCAGUACUUGCACUCGCAGCCCAUCCGACUCACGCACUGAUGGUAUCGGGCUCCAAUCGAGACAUCAAGAUGUGGACUCCAAGUGUUGAAGCUGAUGGCGAUAGUAACAUGGAGAGCAAUGGCACAAAGGACCUAUCCAAGUUCAAGUUUAUUGAAAAGCCGGCUGGUUUUUCAAGAAGUGUGAUAUCUGUGUACAAAGAGAAACGAGCGCUCGCAGGCCUUGAGGAGGUACGUAACCUCGUCGGCUUGUCUCAACUGAAGGCUGAACUUCAUGAGCAAAUGUUUGUGAAUGCUGGAGUGAUGAUUCGUUGGCAUUUUGCAAAGCGUCUGCGGCUAUACGUGCAAAUUACAUUUGAAGGCACCAAUGAGACGGGUGUGGUGAAAACGCUCCAAAUACGGGACGCUCUAACUCCGUGUGGCGUUGAGUGGAGCGAGCAGUGGAUACCAUGGUCAAACCGCAUCGGUGAAAACGGAUUGGCUUUCUACGUUCGAUUGAUCUGGGAGUUCCAAGAUGCGAUUGAGAAGAGGAUGAAAGCAGAGCCCAAUGAGAUCGGAUUUCGUGCGCCCUCACUCUUUCCCGUCUCCACGACAUACACGGCGUCGCACAUCAAGAUUAACGGAACCACCCUGGCAGGAUUCUACCUACGCGUCAAGAAGCGGGAGAUGGAGUUCUUCUGGCAGAUUCCUGGAGUGUUGGUUUCAACCGAAUCGUUUCAGCAAAAUCGUUGGGUGGUGAUGCGCAACGCUUUUGGCAUGUCGAGGUUUGAAACGAGAAGUCCUCAGUGUCCUCUCCCCAAGCCCGAGUUUGUGAGCCUCCCCGUAGGAGAGAAGUAUGAGCACGCUAGCCAUCUCUUUGCAAACCAGGUCACCACGGAUGGAUACGGCGCAUCUCUCUUGCUCUUUCGGCCCAAGACAAAAAAAUGGCGAUGA